AUGCAAGCAGCCUCAGAUUCAUCUCUCCAGGUUGAUGAAAAAGUAAUCACCAGUGAUCAGAAACACGAGGUCGAUGUCCAUGAGGCAGUCGGCAAGGAUCUGGAUGAGUUCGAAGAUGGUGCAAGUAUCACUGAGAGUGAACUGUCAGGCCGCAUCCAGUCCUUGGAAGAGGAGGCCCAUCAGACGAUCAAGCGCCGCGGAUGGUUCGAUCGUAUCAUCGCCCUGGAAUAUGAGCUAAACUUCGAAAAUAAGAAGUACAUCACUUGGAUUCUUGGUGGCUUUGCCGCUGCUGCUGGUCUGCUGUCUGGUCUCGAUCAGUCUAUCAUCUCUGGUGCCAUUAUUGGCAUGCGUGACUCGCUCAACCUCGACUCUAAUCAACAGUCGCUUGUCUCUUCGCUGAUGCCCCUUGGUGCUGUAGCUGGCUCUCUUAUGAUGCCAGUCAUGAACAAGUACUUUGGACGUCGUAUGUCUAUCAUUAUUUCCUGUUUGUGGUACACCCUGGGUGCUGGUUUGUGUGCUGGCUCUCAUACUUACCAGAUGAUGUACGCCGGUCGUUUCCUUUUGGGUAUCGGCAUUGGUAUCGAAGGCGGUUGUGUUGGUAUCUAUAUUUCUGAAAGUGUCCCGCCGAAUGUACGUGGUAACAUUGUUUCCAUGUACCAGUUCAAUAUUGCGCUGGGUGAGGUUCUGGGUUAUGCAGUUGCUGCUAUUUUCUACGAUACUGUGGGCGGAUGGCGCUACAUGGUCGGCUCCUCGAUUGUAUUCUCCACAAUUCUUGCUAUCGGUAUGUUCUUCUUGCCUGAAUCGCCCCGUUACUUGGUCCACAAAAAUCGGAUCGGAGAAGCUUGGAUGGUUUGGAAACGGUUGCGUGAUAUCUCGAUCCGCGCAAACCGUGUUGAGUUUGUGGAGAUGCAGCGUAACGCUGAGAAAGAAGAGAAGCAGGCUGCUGAGGAGACCAUGUGGCAGCGCUGGCUCGAACUUGUUCUUAUCCCUCGCAACCGUCGUGCCCUCGUGUAUGCCAGUAUCAUGGUCGGUCUUGGUCAGUUGACUGGUGUUAAUGCUGUUAUGUAUAAUAUGGCCAACCUGAUGAACAAGAUAGGUUUCGAUGAGCGCCGCUCCGUUUUUAUGUCGCUGGUCGGUGGUGGUUCCCUGCUUGUGGGAACUAUUCCUGCGAUUCUUUAUAUGGAUCGUUUCGGUCGCCGUGUCUGGGCACAAAACAUCAUUGGAUUCUUUAUUGGCCUUCUACUUGUCGGUAUCGGAUACCAGAUCAAUGUCGAUACCAACAAAGCUGCUGCCUUGGGUGUUUACAUGACAGGAAUCAUUCUAUACAUGGGCUUCUUUGGUUCCUACGCUUGUCUUACGUGGGUCUUGCCUUCCGAAUCAUUUGAUAUCCGAACCCGUUCGCAAGGUAUGGCUAUCUGUUCCAUGUUCCUUUAUCUUUGGUCGUUCAUCGUUACCUUCAACUUCAACCGUAUGAAGGAUGCCAUGACUUAUACUGGUCUCACCCUCGGUUUCUACGGAGGAAUCGCUGUUAUUGGUUUCUUCUACCAGUUGGUCUUCAUGCCUGAGACCAAGGAUAAGACUCUUGAGCAGAUUAACACAUUCUUCUCUAUGAAGACUCGUGUACUCGCUCGGCACAAUCUGGAUAACCUCAGACAUGGUCGCCUAUCCUAA